AUGCGCUGGAUUGUCUUGGUUUCAUCGGUUCUUGUUUUUGGCUCUGCGGAUUUUUACGACGGCAGCUACUUCGACGUGAAGAAUCGAACUUGUUGGUAUCCGUUUUCGCACUUAUGAAAAAUGGAGAAACCCUUUUUUUCAACUUUCUGGAGUCUAGUCUUGACUCAAAUAAAGCGAUGAGAAAAUAUUUUCCCUCCGAGACCUUUUUCGACUUUCCAUCGCUUCUUUAAAAGUCUCAGAAAGCUUUUGUGAAUUCACAAUUUAGACGCCGAAUGUGUUACAAAAGGCGAAUUGAAGAAUUACCAGUACCUGGGAAACAAAGAAACGGACGCCGACGGGAUCGAGUGCGAGGCCUGGGAUCAAGUCUUGAAAUGGUGGCUUCCGGCCAAAAAGUCGCCAAAAGACUACUUGUAUUCCAAGAAACAAUUUUCUUCUUAAUUAGGGGAAGUUGACAGAACAACUAUAACGGAGCAGAUGGUACACAACAAGUGUCGUCGAGUCAGAGUCAGCAACAGGAAUCCGUUCACAAAGGUUUUUAUAUAUUUCCUCAAUAAUUUGAAAUGUUUUGAAAUUCGCCCCAACGGACAAAUAUUCUUAUUGGCAGGACACGCCCAGUACUCUUAAGUGACCCCUAGAACUGCUCAGUCCGGUAUUGGCUACCGAAGUCCGAGCAAAAAGUCCUUUAAAGAAACGGUUUGUUAGAGCGAGCUUUAAAAAUUUGAGAAGCUAACAUUGAAUAAAUUUAUUCUCAUUUUAUGUCCAUGGUCGCAUUUAGAAUGGCUAGUCUUUUUUUCAGAAUUGAAACGACUGAAAAUCUCGUUUUAAAGACGCUUUAUGACUUUUUUUUUUCAACCGCAACUUUUAAAGCCAUUCUAUGUGCGACCACGAAAUAUUUCCAGGUUAUAAAAAAAGACCCAAGCAUGCCGGUCAAAGGCUUUAUUCAUUAUGGUGACGCUGGACCAUGGUGUUUUGCCAAGGUUUUUUCUCUUCAUUUUAAAAAGAGCCGCACUUGGAAUAGCUCGACGUGUUACGGUUGAGUUCCUUAAAAAUGAAUCGACUUCCGCGUUAUGGGACCGAAAAUCGCGACGUUUUGAGCCAUUCAACGUGCGACCAUAAAUUCCCAAGUCAAGUGAAUUCGAUUAUAAAAAAUUAAUGAAAAGCGUGCUGCGACUGGUACGAUUUUUGGCAAAGGAACUCCAGAAUUUGUUCCUUCCGAGUGUUUUCGGAUUUGCGAUGAGAAGAACAUCACCUACGACGUUCAACAACCUGUUCCAGGUUUCUCUGAAGCUUUAGAAAACUUUCCAAACUUCAAGAAAUUUAGAUUUUGGUUAUUCCCCACCAAAAAUCAACUACAAUCGUCCCUUGAUGGACAAUAUUGAAAAAUAUUUUGAAAGGUACUCAAUGGGAAGCAAUUCUUACUAUUCCUGGGUAAGCCUAAAAAGUUUUUUUUUAAAUUUGAUCCUUCAGAAAGCUUCCGAUGAGACGUACUCGAAAGGGUACUACGCGCUUCGUUUCAAAGUAAUUCGGUUUUUUUUUCCCCGGAAAGUCAGUUAUUUUUUCUUUAGGUUUUCCUCGGUUGUUUGGGGGCGUUCAUCUUUGCCCUUUUUUGGAUCGGAACUUGUUAUUAUUUGAAAAAAAUCGCUGUUCAAAGCCGUCAGCGGAGACAACGCGCCUUGCAGGUCACUUUUUGGACAGCUCAAAUAAGAAGAAAAAAAUAGUUACGAUUACAAUACUGGUUACUUCUUCUUACUGUUGUUCUAAAACUUGAGAUUGGCAUUUGUUUAUAUGGAAAAAUCACUUUAAUUUAUUUUUACUUUUUUUAAUGAAAAAUCCGGCAAUAGCAAGGUUUGUGAAAAAUAAAAAGUAUAGUCAUUUAGAAGCGCAAAAAUUAUAUUUACUUCUGCGGGGAUCGAACUUUUGACCCUUUGAGUUAGAGUCGAGCUCUCUGGGACUGAGCUACACCAUACAACAAACCCCUGGCUUCAAAUAAGUCACCCAAUAUUUUCUUACCCCCUGAAACCGUUUUCAAAAUUAAAUAUAAGCUUCUGCAACGGCCCUCCAAGCAAUAAUUCAUAUUCCUUCAAAAUCACUCGGUUUUUUUUUUCAAGUUUGAAGCACAAGCCUUGUAGUUUAUGAAUUUCAGAAGAUGUUCGGGAAUCGAAGAGCCCCAAAAAUAGCUGACGCCAAGGCAGAACUGGAGAUGAACAGAGAGGAAGAGCAGUCGGCUUCAUAA